UUUAUCAUAACUUUAAAAAUACUCAAGUGAUUACAUUAGAAGUUAUUUAAAAAGAACAUCAUUUAUUCAACCACAUGCUGUGAACUGAUAAGAUUUUACCACAUGCUGAUAUAUUUUUCAUCCAGUUGAAAUCAACAAUUGAACUUCUAGUUUUGUCAAUGUUUUUUAGUAAACAGAGAAGUAUAUCAUACAUUUGAGAUGACGAGAUGGGCUCGUGGGAAAACUAAUAAAGAGCAAGAAGCAUCUUCUUGGGAUGAACUUAAAAAUGGUAGCAAAGAAAAAAAUACAAGGUCUAUGGAACAGAAUGAAAUGAAGAAUGAAGUCCCUGAAUGGUUAGAAAAGAGAAGAGAAGCAAGGCGUAAUAGAAGAAAAAAGGGAAAGGCUUGUUUUCAUUGUCGACAACCAGGACAUCGAAUAUCAGAAUGUCCAUCAAACGCUAGCACUAGUGUUGGAAUAUGUUUUAAGUGUGGCUCUUCAGAGCACAAAAUAACUGAAUGUACAGCAAAAGUUAAAAAAGACGAGUUUCCUUUUGCUGUUUGCUUCAUUUGUAAAGAAACAGGGCAUCUCUCAAGUCGUUGUCCUGAUAAUCCACGAGGCCUGUAUCCAGAUGGUGGAGGGUGCAAGUUUUGUGGUUCAGUCGAACAUUUACGAAGAGACUGUCCUGAUCGGGAGGUUAACAAAAAAGCAGAAUCUAGUAAAAACCGCUUUUAUAAAGUAAGUAAUAAAAGCGUCAGUGCCGACGCAAUUGAUGAAUCUGAAUCGGACCAUGAGCAGCAAGUUCAGGACAUUCCAAAAAAAAAGAAAAAAAUCGUCAUGUUUUGAAAAAUAAAAAGUUUUCACUUUACAUCAUUUUUACAAAAACUAAACUUAUAUGUUUUGCGAUAUACAAUAACUUGAUAGAAAAAAAGCAUAAUGAAAUAUUGUGAUUUACAACAUAUGAAAGCCAAGCUUUUUAAGAAUUUUUAAACAUUGAUCAGCUAAAUUCGAAAGUGCUUAAAUUCUCAUUGCUAACAGAAUUGUCGUUAUAAAAUGAAUCAUUUAAUUCGAUUUUCUUGGUAAUAUUUCGCUUUGUUAUGUUGGCUUUUAAAAAGUUAAUUAGUUGUGAAAUAUUUUAAGAUAAGAACAAAAGAUCUAUGCAAUGCAAUUAGAAUACAGAAUAGAAAUCAGGAAGAAAUAUCGGUA